GCUUCUAGCCUUCUGCCACCAAUCGUAAAGGGGAAGAACAUAAAUUAUUGCAACAAAAAAUCCUCUACCAAAAAAAAAUUGCAACAGAAAUUCGACUGAAUUAGUUCAAUGGGAAGCCGUUCGAGAAAAUCGCGGCACCGGAAUUCUUCCCCGGAGCCAUCAACGUCCACCGCCGCCACUUCAUCGUCAUCCGCCUCAUCGUCUUCCGAGGAGGAGCUUGAUUCUUCGUCUAAGUCGCGCAAACGACGUCUUGACAAGGACCGUGACCGAGAGGAGAAGCGAAGGAGUAAGAAAUCACGAAGAGAUGGGGAGAAGAGUAAGAAGAAGAAAAAACACAGCAGAAGAGAAAAAGAGAAGCAUAAACGAAGGGAAAGGAGAAAGCGGAGAUAUGAGUCGGAGGAUGAGAGCGGCUCCGGGUCGGAUUCCGAGCCGGAAAGUCCGGAGAGCGUUGUUAGGUUAAUACUAAAGGAAUUUCCUGCUGUUGCUGGGGAUUUGGAGCAGCUUUUGCAAAUGAUUGACGAAGGACAAGCAGUUGAUAUAAGGGGAUUAUCAGAAAAGUCAUUGGUCAAGCAUCUUCGGAGGUUGUUCAUCUCCUUGCACCUCAAAGAAAAUGGUGACAAAAUUUUUCUACUGCCAGAUAAGGCGAGCCCUACGCUAGAUAUUGUUGGUCCAAUUAUCCUCUCUCAUAUUCAACCACAUAAAGAGCUUGAACAUCUAGAGUCACAUAAAGAGGCAAAAUCAGUGCCCCCAGUACCAGAAAUGGUGCCUGGGACUAACAAUAUGGAUGAUAGGAAGGAUGACUCUGUUGGGCCAAGAAGAAGGGUCAUUGGGCCUGAAAUGCCAUCCGCUGACCUACUUGCUGCAGCAGCCAAGCUAACAGAAGCUGAAGCAGAACUAAGAGAGGCUGAGUUGGAUGGAGACGGCGAUCUAUUUAUAGGACCUCCACCUCCUGCUGUUGUUAAAGAAGCUGAGUCUGCAAAUGAAGCUGAGCGUUUUGAGGAGAUUACAAGAAUAAUUGGUGCUGAGGCAGAUAGUCCAUAUGAUAUUGUUGGGGCCAACAAAGAUAUGGCAGCUGAAAGUAUAAAGAAAAGGUAUUGGAAGUUGUCUCUAAUGGUUCAUCCUGACAAAUCAUCUCAUCCUCAAGCUCACCAAGCUUUUGUUAAGUUGAAUAAAGCAUUUAAAGAUUUACAGGAUCCUGAGAAGCGAAAAGCACUAGAUGACAAGUUAAAGGAAAAGGAGGAACGAGAAGCAUUUCAGAUAGAGCUGAAAGCAAUGCGUGAAGCUGCUCAAUGGAGACGUCUUCAAGGUAUAUCGAUGGAGGGUGAUGACCUACUUCUGGCAGAGAUGGAUGCAAAAGCUGCUCCAAAGAGAGAUGAAUGGAUGACAACAUUACCCCCUGAAAGGAAGCCUGGCAAUGGUAUGAACAUGCAUUCGACAAGAUUUAGCAAGACCGGGAAAGAAGGACGCGGUGAUACAAGUGUUUGGACAGAUACACCUUCGGAACGAGCUCAAAAAGCAAAAAUGAAUUAUCUGGAAGCCUACAAUGAGGCUGCAGCGCUUGCUUCAAACGAACAAGAAAACACAAAAAAGAGCGCUGAUGCAGAAUUGGUAGAUCAGUACAACAAAGCGAAACGCUCCAAAUCCUUGGUAGAGAAGCACAUGGAGUCGGCUAAGAGUCGUUCAAAGAAAAAGUCGAAGCAGGGCAAGCAGGAGCCAAUGAACGAAGACUGGGAAGGGAAGCACCCGUGGAAACCUUGGGACCGGGAGAAGGAUUUGACAGCAGGAAGGCAGAGCGUAAACUUGGAUGCGGACAACAUGGCUCAGGGUCUUACUUCCAGGUUUUCUUCUGGAUCCUUCCAACGAAACUUUCUCUAAUCCAUUUGCUUGUAUCAUUAGGCUGGAUGGUUCACCUUGCCCAUAGAGUAUACUGCUUUUCAUGUGAAUCUGGAUUUGUAGUCAGUAGCUUUAUCUUGAUAGUGUUAUAAUUAUACUUGUAGCAGAUGUAGCUCCACAAUCCAAAGUAUAUCUACUUUUACAUCCACAUCAUCAUUGUUUAAUAAUUCUGGUUCA